AUGGCUACAGCAAAAGUUCCUAUAGACAAUACAGAGGCAACUCCUCCACCAAAAAAGAAGCAAAGAAUUACCAACGAUGACUUAUAUCGAAAGUCAACUCAAUUCACACUUUGGUCAUACACUCACGACGAACUAGAAUCAGCCAAAAGGCGAGCCAAUGCCCAUGGCCAACGAAAAGCCAAGCAGAAUUUCGAUCAAGCAUACCAACAAGCCAAAAAGGAUCAUCCUGAAGUAUUCACAACAGCUGAUCCAGAUGAUGAUCUACUUCAUCCUGAAAAACUACAAAGUAUAUUAUCAUUUGAAGAAGAAUGUACUUAUUUGAAUUUUUAUUCCAAGAAUAUAAUCCAAACUUGUAAUUUCUUUAAAAUGCCAACACAAGUCAAACUUACAGCAGCUUCAUUCUUUAAGAAAUUUUAUCUUGUAAAUUCAGUCAUGGAAUAUCAUCCCAAAAAUAUCCUAUAUACUUGUGUAUUCUUAUCCGCAAAAUCAGAAAACUAUUUCAUAUCAAUAGAAUCAUUCGUCAAAGCCCUAAAGGGGACGGAAGCUUCUCAUAUCCUAGAUUUAGAGUUUAUUGUGCUACAAAGCUUGAAAUUCACAUUAUUGGUUCAUCACCCAAUGCGUCCACUAUAUGGAUUCUUUCUUGAUUUUCAAGCUGAGUUACUCCAUCCUAGUCCAUUAAUGUAUGAUGUUUCGGUUGAUACUUUGGGAAAUCUAUAUAAUAAGGCAAAAGAAUGGUUGAAUGAAUAUGCAAUUAUAAGUGAUGUUUCUUUCUUGUUUACGCCUCCCCAAAUUGCCUUGGCAGCGAUGUAUGAUUGUGAUAAGAGAAUUACUGAUAGAUAUUUAAAGAGAAAGUUUUUAAAGGAUGAUAAAUUAGACGUCAUAAAGGAAGAAACUGCCGAGGAAGAAACUCCUACGCCUGUCGUGAAGAAAGAAGAAGAAAAUGGUGAUCAAAAAACUGAGAAUGGGAACCCUGAAGAAGCGGUUCAAGAGAAUGAAGAGACAAAAGUAUCAACUCAUAGAGAGCAAUAUGAAACACUCGUAAGGACAAUUAGAAAAUGUAUUAAGAUUGCUAAACAUAUCCAAACGACAUCUCGUGAGGAAAGCAAAGAAAUUGAUAAGAAGUGCUUCUUUGCUUUGAAUCCUAAGAAAUUGAUAGACAAGAGAAUUAAGAAGUUGACUGCAUCUUCGGCUCCUCCAGAAACAAAAGAGCAAACAUAG